AUGCUGGGGCCGCCUCGCUUUGGGAAAGCGCGGGACUGAUAAAAGUACGGGUCCCGAGAGGUUGUUUGCGGUGUGGGUGUAAAAGCAUGGUGGCAUCUCAGGUACAAAUAGAACCCUGCAGCAGGCCGAGCUUGUAUUUAAAUAGUCUCUUUUCUGUCCAAAUUCCCGCACGAAGAGCCACGGUUGUUCUGUCCCAGCCAUGGGAGAAACCUGCAGAGAGAUCAACUUUCCGGAAUCAAUGGUGAUGGGCCUUACAGACACCUGCGACACGGGGUCACAGAAGCACCCAUUUUAAAGAGUAUAAGAACAGCACACUUUUAAACAGUACAGACUAGAGAAAAGUAAGAGGGGCGAAGUCUAAAAAUGAAACCGCUUCUGCCCAUCUGCAGGCUGCUUAGACUUUUAAACAGAUUUCCUGUAAAACCAAGCCCUCCUGUGAGUUUCUCCACUUCCUCUUAUUUGUGUAGCCAAAAGAAAAAAAGCUCUUACGAAGCAGUAGACCAAGCAAAGUACUGUCGUUUAGUACGUUCUGUCUUGUCCAGAGGCCCAGUCCAGACUCCAGAGUCAUUGUUCAAGGAAGAUGAUGUACUCUAUGGUCCUGUGAGUAAGUGUAAAGUUCCAGAGCAAGAGCAGCAGGCAAGAGUUCCACAACACUGGUUUCCUAUCUUCAAUGAAGAGAAAAACGGGAAACCACACACAAAUGGUUCUUCAAGUCCUUUGAAGAUCCCUUUGCAAAGAAACAUGAUACCCAGUGUGACCCGCAUCCUUCAGCAUACCAUGCCAUCUGAACAGAGUUUCUUUUUGGAGAGGUGGAAACAGCGGAUGGUUCUGGAGCUGGGAGAAGAUGGAUUUGCAGAAUAUACUUCAAAUGUGUUUUUACAAGGCAAACAGUUCCAUGAAGCCUUGGAAAGCAUACUUUCACCCCAGGAGAACUUAAAAGGGGGAGAGGAGCACCCCCAGUGUGGCUACAUCAAAAGCGUCCAGCAUAUUCUGAAAGAAAUCGGUAGUGUUCAAGCUCUGGAAAGUGCUGUCCAACAUGAAGCCUUGCAGUACGUGGGGCUACUGGACUGUGUGGCUGAGUACCAGGGCAAGCUGUGUGUGAUCGAUUGGAAGACAUCAGAAAAACCAAAACCUUUCAUUCAAAAUACAUAUGACAACCCACUACAAGUUGUGGCAUACAUGGGUGCUGUGAACCAUGAUGCCAACUACAGUUUUCAGGUUCAAUGUGGAUUAAUUGUGGUGGCCUAUAAGGACGGGUCCCCUGCCCACCCUCAUUUCAUGGAUGAAGAGCUCUGUUCCAAGUAUUGGGCCAAGUGGCUUCUUCGACUAGAAGAAUACACAGAAAAGCAGAAGAACCAGAGCAUUCCAAAGCCAGAGUAGAGCCAGGAUGACUUGGAAAUGAUGAGCAUGCCCCUCUGUUUGGGAGAUGCACUGCUGCCCACCGAGUUUUUAGAGAGGAGCACCAAGAAUCUGAGGUUUACACUAACACAAGCUGAAGGUGUAGUGAGUUGGGACGUACCUACUAAGAAGCCAGAAAGUCUGGAGGUCAGCCCUUGACUCACCAGCUGCACGACCUCUGGCUGUUUCUUACCUGAGAGGAGGGCACUCAGAUUGGCAGCUGCCCAGGGACUCCUGGACUCCCUUGCAGAACUUUCGUGUCCCUGGAAGGAUGCCCAGUCUUUGAACUGAGAUCAGAAGGCCAAUGAAGCAUCAUGUGCCACUAGUGUUCCUGGGUUCUCAGGGAUGGGAGGGUCCUGCACCCCCAGGGUGUACAGAGGGAAAGCAAGCACAUCAGGGAUCACCACUGCAGUUUCCUAUGUGUUUUAUAUACUGGGACUCUGUGUCUAAGGGGAAAUGUCUUAAAUUCAUUGGUAUUGUUAUUUGGCCUGAGGAAAGCUGGCUGCCAAGAGAGCUGGGGCACUCACCACAUCACUGGCUGGGUCCCUUUCCUUACCAGAGAAGCCCCAGCAGUAGGAAGCCUGAGUGUGGAAGUCACCACCAUUAAAGUUUGGGUAUCUGUUUCUGGUGUCAGCAGGCCAUGCACUACAAAAAAUACUGUUGUGGAACUUUUUCACCGAGGAACACUGAUAUAACCCAUUGGUUUUUUCUGUGUUUGAUAGGUAAUAAAAACCAUUGGCUGUUCUUGGGUUUGGGAGAGGGUUUUCUAUUGUAUAAAGUAAAUCUAGUAGCAUUUAAGUUACAGCUACUGACUUAAGAUUGUAAGUCUACAAUCACAUUCAGUUUUCAUUAGUUAUUAAAAAUAUCAAAGCUGUUUAACUGA